GUUGGUCUGGUGAUUGGGGCGCAGGUGGCGGAGGAUCCUCCGGCUGGCAGGCGAGCUUGGACGGCGGCGCGGAAGCCGCCGUCCAAGCUUCGCAGGGAGAAGGCGUUCAACGACGAGAAGGACGCGAUGCGCCGCGAGCUGGCAGUCAAGGACGCGACCAUCCAGAGCCUCCGCGGCCAGCUCGCGGAGCACGCGGACGCGGCGGCGAAGCUCGUGGAGAAGGAGAAGGAGUGUCUGCGGCUCUUCACGAAGCUCGAGGCGGAGCAGAAGUGGACCGAGGGGUACAAG